AUGAGAACAAUCACCGCAAUCUCAUCGCUGCUCGCAGCUGCAAUUUGCGUCUCAGCCACCGGUCCUUCCCACCCAGUUCUGGCUUUCACCUCGCCGCACGCUUCGUCGGUCCAACUCGAGCUGCCGACGGAUUCGAGCUUGGCUGGGUUGAUCGACUCGCUCUACGCGCCGGGAAAGAUCUCUCCAGCCUGCAAACUGGACGCUGUUGUCCUGGUGGAGGCUGAGAAUCUGAAUCGCGAUGCAUUUGCCAGCCUUCGACAUUCUUCGAGCAACUCGCUCAGAGCAAGAUCGUUGAACGCACCUUCUCAAGUGACUUUCAAUGCUGCUCCGGCUGCAGAUGUAUUCGAUCUCCUUGUGGAGCGUGCUUCAAAGGCCUGCGGCUACGGUGACCUCGAUAUCACGACACUUGGCGCCUUUGAAUCGCUCAAUCCCACCAAGAAUCCACGUUUCGUGGACAUCAAGGCAGGUGACCUUCGAAAAGAUGAGUCCUCGCUCUUGCAAACUUUGGAGUCACUCGACGAGUCGAGUCCACGAAACCUCGUUAUCGUUGCGCCUCAGAUCCGACUGCGUCAACACCCGAAGCGUCAGUAUAUUGAUGAAACCUCAUCGUCCAAUGGCAACUGGACGCAGCCCGAAGGUGGCAUCUUUGCGCGAUAUCAGCUCUUCUCCACGCCACUGAUUCUGACGCUGAUCCUUGUAGGCGGAUUACUGCUUCCGAUCGUCUACUUUGCCGUUUCGCAACUGGCUCAGAUUCAGACUCCCGAUCAGAUGGGCGUUCGCAAGGACACCAUCUCUGGCGAUAAAAAGACACAGUAA